GCAACGGCGUCCCCCUCAGUCACGUGAUCGGAGGGGUUGUAUGUCACGUGAUGUUUAGGCGCAGCUUCCCUUCCGGGUCGGAGCGGGCCGGGGCCGCGGGCCGGGAAGUCCAAGAUGGACCAGCCCAGCGGAAGGAGUUUCAUGCAAGUUCUUUGUGAGAAAUACAGCCCCGAGAACUUCCCAUAUCGUCGUGGACCUGGCAUGGGAGUGCAUGUCCCAGCAACUCCGCAGGGUUCGCCUAUGAAAGAUCGCCUCAACCUUCCGAGCGUGCUGGUGCUGAACAGCUGUGGCAUAACCUGCGCAGGGGAUGAGAAUGAAAUCGCCGCUUUCUGUGCUCAUGUGUCAGAGCUAGAUCUUUCUGACAAUAAACUGGAAGACUGGCACGAGGUCAGUAAAAUUGUGUCCAACGUUCCCCACUUGGAGUUUCUAAACUUGAGUUCCAACCCUCUCAGUUUGUCCGUUUUAGAGAGAAGGUGCGCUGGGUCUUUCUCUGGUGUUCGCAAACUUGUGCUCAACAACAGCAAAGCUUCCUGGGAAACAGUCCACACAAUCCUGCAGGAAUUACCAGACUUGGAGGAGCUCUUCCUGUGCCUUAAUGACUAUGAAACAGUGUCUUGUUCUCCGGUUUGCUGUCAGUCUCUCAAAUUACUCCACAUAACUGACAAUAAUCUUCAAGACUGGACUGAAAUUCGAAAACUGGGAAUUAUGUUUCCAUCACUGGACACACUUAUUCUGGCUAACAACAACCUCACGACCAUCGAAGAGUCAGAAGAUUCCCUAGCGAGGCUGUUCCCCAACUUGCGAUCCAUCAAUUUGCACAAGUCAGGUCUGCAUUGUUGGGAAGACAUUGACAAGUUAAAUUCUUUUCCCAAGCUGGAGGAAGUGAAAUUGCUAGGAAUCCCUUUGCUGCAGUCCUACACCACAGAGGAACGCAGGAAGCUGCUAAUAGCCAGGUUGCCAUCUAUUGUCAAGCUCAACGGAAGCAUCGUUGCCGAUGGCGAGCGAGAGGACUCGGAGCGAUUCUUCAUCCGAUAUUACAUGGAGUUCCCAGAGGAAGAAGUCCCAUUCAGGUAUCACGAGCUGGUCACAAAGUAUGGCAAGCUGGAGCCCUUGGCAGUUGUGGAUCUUCGGCCACAGAGCAGUGUGAAGGUGGAGGUUCACUUCCAGGAUAAGGUGGAAGAGAUGUCGAUCCGUCUCGAUCAGACUGUGGCAGAACUGAAGAAGCAAUUAAAAACUGUAGUGCAGUUGUCAACAAGCAACAUGCUGCUCUUCUACUUGGACCAGGAAGCUCCUUUUGGUCCUGAGGAGAUGAAAUACAGCUCGCGAGCACUGCAUUCUUAUGGCAUUCGGGAUGGAGAUAAAAUUUAUGUGGAGCCCAGGAUGAAAUAGCCUCUUUUGACCUUGUGAGUGCACACAUGUGCACGUAUGCCCCCACACACCCACACACAUGCAUUAAGGAGUUUUUGCAAGGCUUUUAUUUUGGUCGGUUGGUUGAGGUUUGGUUGUGUUUCGAUAGCAGGUAAUUUCUAGCCCAAAGGACGUGCCCUGAUCUGAGAACCAUGCCCGCCAUCCACUGCAGGUGACCUUGAGGUGACAAUUGACUUCACUGCAUGUGUUUCAGUGUGUGCAAUACCUUGAUGUUUUCUUCGAUGCUCCGGUAUACUCGUGAUUUGGCAUGAAUGGUCAGUUGUUUAAGCUAAAGAACGCUAGGGUCCAUAGGGAGCAGACAGCUUGGUGCAGAAUUUGACAUGUUUUUUCCUAAAUUUGGGGGGUUUUGGCUCCACCGGAGCACCCUUUGGCCUGUCUAGCUAUCUGACUGUGGCUCGAGCUCACUGAUGUAUUUUUUUUGCAGCUGGGUGCUGUCUCAACCUUUUGUUGCGCUCGAGUUCACAGAAAAGAUCUAAACCAGUAUUGCGCUUGAUGCAGAGCUCAGGUACUUAGUGCAUCCACUUCACUCCGCUGGUUUGGUUUGUGUGAGUGCACGAAAUGGGGGAAAGGAAGAGACUUUAUUAGAAAGAAACUAUUUAUUUUCAAAACGCACGCUCUAUAUCCACACCGUUAGGAAAAGUGUUGAUUUCUUUACUCCUCUGAUGCAGCAUCUGCAACCUGUGGCACUGGCACUCUGGAGGCAAAGGGAUCCUUGUCGAGUGCGUUGCGGAGUGAAUUUUGGCAGGUGGUGGAUGACCGUUGCGUUGGAAGGGCUUUUAGAGUAGCAGGUCACAAAGGGGUUGAAGAACAGAGUCCCCCAUUGGCCGUGAUUCGUCCCCCGCUAUGCCGAAGAGAUCCCCCGGUAUGCACUUACCCCUGAACCACCUUGUACAGAAAUUGGAAGGACUCAAAUCACUCUCCUGGGAGAGAGCAAGAGUGAAGUUUGUGUUUGUGUUUGUUGCUGUUGCACCAGAAAUGAAACCUAGCACUUUCCCUGGGACCCCUGGCUGUGGGGUCCCAGCUUAGGGUCCAAACUGGGAGGCUGUGUUGGCUUGGAUCACUUUCUAGAAGAUGAGUAACAAAGCAACUAGACUCAUGUUUAUUGUAAAGCAGGUUUUCACUAUCUAUAUCGGCUUCCCCCCCUACACGCACCUCGUAGGCAUCGCUGCUUAAAUUACCCCCUAUUUUCUACUGCAGAGCAGAUUCGUUUUCUUGUGUGAUGGAACCCUCCUCCCUUUAGAUCUUGUUUCACUUCCCUGCGUCCUCCCUUCUUCCUCCGUCACCCUGAUGAGGUGAAGACUUUUCAGAUUACGUAGUUAUAAGAAGCUGCAUCAAAGUUUUUGAAGCUGUGCAGUGCAAGCUCUGGUUACACAUGAACUUCUGACCUCCAUUUUGAGGUGCUCCCUUAUCCCCAUGUGCACUGUCUUUCCUGUGAGGCUUUUGUCCACAUCACCGAGCUCCUUUUAUAUGCUUGGAGUUGUGUAUUUCUCUUCUUAUUUUACCUAGAUUGUGGGGUGGGGUAGGAUGGGGAGGGAAUAGAGUAUUAUCUGAUAGUCUUCAGGUUCAGGAUAUGGAGAUCAUUUGGAGGGGAGUGGUUCUGCAUCCAGAAUUAAGAUUAAAAAUGGGAGGGUUUAAGACAGGUUAAUAAUUUAUGCUUCAUCCCCCUGCCAAAAAUGUCAAUCUCCUGGCCCCGCUGAGAUGAGCAAUAGGAAACAGGCUGGAGAGGUGGAACUGUGCAAACCUCAUGAAGUUAAACAAGGCCAAGUGCAAGGUCCUGCGCCUGGGCUGGGGCAAUCGCAAGCACAAUUACACACUGGGCGGAGAAUGAAUUGAGAGCAGUCCUGAGAAGAAGGACUUGGGGUGCUGGGGGAUGAGGAGCACAACAUGAGACAGCAGUGUGCACUCACAGCCCAGAAACCACCCGUGUCCUGGGCUGCAUCCAAAGCUGUGGGACCAGAGGGCGAGGGAGGGGAUUCUGCCCCUCUGCUCCACUCUCAUAAGACCUCACCUGGAGCCCUGUGUUUAGUUCUGGAGUCCUCAGAACAGGAAAGACGUGGAUCUGUUGGAGCGAGUCCAGAGGAGGCCACGGAGAUGAUCUAAGGGCUGGAGAACUUCUCAUACGAGGACAGGCUGGGAGAGUUGAGGCUGUUCAGCCUGGAGAAGAGAAGGCUCCAGGGAGACCUUAGAGCAGACCCCAGUACGGAAAGGGGCUUCAGGAAAGCUGGGGAGGGGCUCUGGAUCAGGGGGUGCAGGGAUAGGAUGAGGGGCAAUGGUUUUCAGCUGAAAGAGGGGAGAUUGAGAUCUUAGGGAGAAAUGUUUUGCUGUGAGGGUGGGGAGGCCCUGGCCCAGGGUGCCCAGAGCAGUGGUGGCUGCCCCAUCCCUGGAGGGGUUCCAGGCCAGGUUGGAUGGGGCUUGGAGCCCCUGAUCCAGUGGGAGGUGUCCCUGCCCAUGGCAGGGGGUGGGACUGGAUGGGCUUUGAGGUCCCUUCCAACCCAAACCAUUCUGCGAUUCUGUGAAACGGAGCAAGAUGUGCCGUAAGUAGCGGAGAGGUCGAGGUGUGCAGCUGCGGAGCUGUAGUACGCGUAAAACAAAAAAGCAGGGAGGUGGCGGCAGUGUGAUAUAAGAUGAUGCUUUUAUAAGCAAGAGCUUUACUGAAGACUUUCCAUUUGGGCAGAGAAAGGCAUUCGCUGCCUUAUAGCAGAACCCUUAAGCCAACACUUCUAUAUGAUAUAUACAUACAUGCGCAUAGAAAAAGUUGUGUUUAAUAAGAUAUUUUGUUAUAAAACAAAGUUUUAUGAAGAUAUGGUUGUUUAAUAUUAGAAGCCUAUUUCUCCCCUUGACCUCCAGGUUAAGUAGGUUAUCCCUGAGUCGCUGUGGUGUCAAAGGUGAGCAACUGACAGGGAUGCAAAAGUAUCUCUGACCUAAUUAUAUAGAGCAGUAAUUGCCUAUAUAAUUGUGGGUAUUUAUGGCAUUGUAGCUGGUAUUAAUGAGGCGCCGUAACUCUUGACCAACUUCCUCAGCACAAUUGCAUGUCUCGGUUUCAGAGAAGGAAAUAAACACCAUUAAAGGAUUGAGUGAGACAUUAAAGAAGACCCAAGAAUGUGCUUUUAAGUUUAUUUGCCCACAAAAGUUUAGUCUGUCCGCAGAGGGAAUGGUGCCGUCACAUGCCAGCUCCAAACUGUCAGUAAAUCAUGCUUUUAUUUAUGGUGGAGCUGGAUGGUGGGAGAAGAAAACACCUACUGGCAUAUGAGGUCGACAGGCACCCUGUAGCUGCUGGGAUUUGGUGAUAGGACCCAAAAGGGCUCCUCUGGUCUGUUGGGUCAGCAAAAGUCAUGGUACAAAUAUUGCUGCCCUGCCACUGUGUGGGGGGAGAGUUGUUUCUGGACAACAUUGGACAAAAAUCUUGGUUGGUUUCCUAAGGAGAAAGAGUUAUGUCCAGAACCUGGGGACAGUUACUCCAUCUGGGUGAUUGACUUUGGAAAGUAGGGCCAAAUGGCACAAAACCCAUGUGGCAAAAUAUUUCAAGUCGGCUCACUUUCCUUUUAUACCUUUUGGGAAAGGGUCUUGUUUGUGUGCCAUGUUAGCGCUUAACUGGGGACCAUGUCCUGGGGAGAGAGGAGGUUUGGGGCCAACAGUGGGUGCCAAGGAUCCAGGAGGGUCCUGAGGUUUGAUUUAAGUCAGUGCAAUGUCAUGAGGGGUUGUGCCCAGUGCUGUUGGCAUAAACUUGCUCUAACAAAAGGUCCCUGGGUCUGUCGCAUUCCUUUGAGAAAACAAAGUAGAUCUUCAAGCUUCUCUGGCUUCUCUGUCCUUCUAUCCGAGGGCUACUUCUGUCAAGAACUGUUUUGUUGUUCAUGCUAGUUCAUGCAUAAAAGUCUGCCGCGGGCAGUCUGCGCAGUGGGAAAAGCACCUGGUUCGGAAGGAAUUAGGUGACAGCUAUAUACCAAAGUGUCGCACGGCUCCUUGUAUUGAGAUUCAACGCUGUGCCCUUGUGUUUGUGGAUAUGUUCCUGUUGAAUAUCCGUGUUUUGGGCAGAUGUUUCAGGCAGGGUGCUUAACUGGCGGUGUAAUCAAUAUGCACGGCGUGGCAACUGGCCUCUGCUCGCUCGGUGGGAUGUGUAACCCCUUUUUAUUGGGAGUUGCAUCCAUUGCCGUGGCUCGGAGGAGCUGCGCCUCAUGGUGCUCAUUGCUUCUGGGGAGAGGCUUUGCCCUCGCCUGCUCAGGUCUGUAAUCCGAAGGAGGUGAUGCGGCAGCUCUGCCUCCAUCGCUUGCCGGGUUUGCUUGUAAAUGAGAUUCUGUAGAUUCUGUUCAUGUGCGGAUUUGAAAAUGUAAACGAGGUGCUGAAAGCAGCCCAGAGGCUAAAAUCUGUAUUCCUGGCAGCUGUGCCUCCCAUGUUUGAGUGUGGCAUUUCUGGAGGUCGUGAAGAGAUGCCUUCCCCAGAGCAACGUUAGAGGGGCUCCAGCCAUCACUCGCCUUUGCCUCCGUGAUUGCUUUUCUGCAGUUACUGGAAACUUCAAGUAUAAUUUAAACAUGAAGUUCUAUUCUCGCUCCCUAUUAAUGAUGCAUCCAUAUGUAAUUUUAAAGAAAAAAAAAGGAAGAACUGUAAGUCACUUUUUAUUCUGGUUUCUCUCAUGGGGAUGUAAUUCCUGCUCCUACAAUUUGCCAUUGGUUUGCUUGCAGACUUGGCGGUGGA